AAUUGUAAUCCUGGCAUAUAUCACUUGAUCAGCAUCCCUAAACCCCCAAUUGAUUAUCAUCCAAACACCAAUAUUGGUAAUGAUAACCAAACCCAAGUUGAAAACAAAAUCACUGUUGGAAAUUGGAACCAUACCUUUUCCCAUUCUGAAUUGCUAAUAGUUAUUCCAGGUUUACAAACUAAAACCACCUCAUUGAGCAAACAGUUUUUGUGUCAUCACUGUUUACGGUCAAAAACUACAUGUGUGUAACUAGCAACACAUUCCAUUGGUCUUAUCGUUAAGAAUCAUUCAAAUGCUCUGAAGUAGAGUAAGGAGGAUAGACAUGCAUUUACAAAUGGGAACCACUAGAGGAGUGAUUAGCGAUAAAUGGUCUAUGAGGGUUCUCUGGCUUACAGCCAUCGGAAGUGCUGUUGGCCUAUAUAUGGUUGCUGUAGAAAGACAGACACAAAACCGGGAAAAAAUGAUGGCUGAAGCCCUCAGGGCAGCAGAAGCAGAUGCCAACAAUGCCUGAUUUCACAUCCUUUUUCUUAAACUUCAUCAACUACUUCAAUGGCAGCACCAAAGUCGUCUGUUUAGAACCAGGCAACUAAAAGCAUGAAUGUGCCGGGAUAUUUGUCCGCCUGAUUUAAUAAAUGAGCACCUAAGUCUAUAAAAUAUACAAUCUUUAUGAGGAUGGUGUUUUUUGCUGUAGCCCUAUUGUGUUUAAUAUUGGUUGCUUUGGAUUUAAUCAACUAGGAUAUAUGCUUAUAUGUGUGUUGUACAUACAUUGACGUACUAUUAUUGCUAUUAGUUUGUUUCAAA